AUGACGGUGAUGAAAGGGCAAGCCGUAGCUGAUUUCAUUGCUGGGCUUACCCCGUAUAGGCCUAGGGCCGAUGACCGAGCCCAGUGGACCCUCUACGUCGAUGGUUCUUCCAACGACAAAGGUUGCAGAGCAGGCAUGUUGCUGCUCGGUCCAGGCGACCUAAGGUUCGAGUACGCACUACAGUUGAGCUUCAAAGCAUCGAACAACGAAGCGGAGUAUGAAGCCUUGAUAGCUAGGUUGAGGGUCGCGAGAGGAAUGAGAGUCAACCACCUCCUCAUACUUAGUAACUCACAACUCAUAGUUAACCAGAUAAACGAUGGAUACCAGGCAAAUGAUAGCCGAAUGGAGCGAUACCUAAGCAAAGCGAAAGAGUUGCUCGGCCAGUUCAGGGAUUUGUAUUGUAUGUCAAGUGUCGAGAUCGGAGAACUCGAAUGCCGAAGUGCUAGCUCGAUUAGCCUGGGUGUACGAGAUUGA